ACAAAUCCUUCAGUUAAGUACGGCAGUUCAACUCGGUCCGAUCAAAGCGCUUGGGUGUACUAAAAAUAGAUUUUAUUCCGGAGUGCGAAUUAAAGUUCUAGUGGUUCUGAAAUAAAAUAGUCGUUUAGUAGUCCGUUUCUACUUAGUGCAAAAUGUCUUUAUCCAAGACGACAAAAUCUUACAGUUAUCGAUCGAGCGGAGGUGGAAACGCUGAUAUAAACGUUGACUUCAGCCAUGACCUAAGCGCUUUAACUCGACUUGAAGAUAAGAUCAGACUUCUCCAAGAAGAUUUGGAAUCAGAACGUGAACUCCGACAACGUAUUGAAAGAGAAAAAUCUGAUCUCAGUGUGCAAUUAAUUUCACUCUCAGAACGUUUGGAAGAAGCCGAGGGUGGAGCUGAAAGUCAAUUUGAAAUUAACAAAAAACGCGAUACCGAGUUGCACAAACUUCGUAAAUUAUUGGAAGAUGUUAACAUUGAAUCUGAGGAAACUGCACAUCUUUUACGUAAGAAGCACCAAGAAGUUGUUGCCGAUUUCCAAGAACAACUUGAUCAACUGGCCAAAUCAAAAGCUAGAGUUGAAAAGGAAAAAGCCAAAUUCCAACAAGAAGUUUAUGAACUGCUGUCUCAAAUUGAAAAUGCCAACAAAGACAAAUUAAUACACGUCAAAACUAUCGAAAAAUUAGAAGUUACUAUUCACGAGCUUAAUAUUCGUAUUGAAGAAAUUACAAGAACUGUCACUGAUAUUACAUCAAUUAAGACUCGUUUAUCACAGGAAAACAUUGAAUUGGUCAAAGAAGUUCAAGAUUUAAAAGUUUCAAUUGAAAAUACAACCUACCUGAAGUCUCAGAUUGCUGGUCAAUUGGAAGAUGCUCGCAGGAGAUUAGAAGACGAUGAAAGAAGACGUUCACUUUUGGAAGCUAACUUACACUCAGUAGAAGUCGAACUAGAAUCAACUAGAGUUCAAUUAGAGGAAGAAUCUGAGGCUCGCUUAGAUCUUGAAAGACAAUUGAUUAAAGCCAAUGGUGAUGCUCAAGCCUGGAAAUCAAAAUACGACUCCGAAUCUGCUGCUAGAGCAGAAGAAGUAGAAGAACUUAGGCGUAAAUACUCUGCUCGUAUUCAAGAACAGGAAGAACAUAUCGAAACCUUAUUAGUUAAGGUCAACAACUUGGAAAAACAAAAAUCUAGACUGCAAAGUGAAGUUGAAGUCUUAAUUAUUGAUUUAGAAAAGGCCAAUAAUACAGCUCGAGAUCUACAAAAACGUGUUGAGCACUUAGAAAAAGUGAAUAUUGACUUGAAGAGCCGACUUGAUGAGGUUUCAGCUCUAUUCGAACAAGCACAACGAGAUCUAAGAAAUAAACAAAAUGAAAUCCAAAGAUUGACUCAUGAAUUAGACAAAACUAGAGAACAAAAAGAUCAGUUAACUCGUGAAAACAAGAAAUUGGCUGAUGACUUACAUGAUGCAAAGAAUACAAUUGCUGAGUACAACAGAAGAUUGCAUGAAUUGGAAUUGGAACUCAGAAGAUUGGAGAACGAGCGUGAUGAACUUAGCGCUGCAUACAAAGAAGCUGAAGCUGGAAGAAAAGCUGAAGAAGCAAGAGCUUUCCGUUUGUCAGCUGAACUUACUCAAUUUAGACAUGAAGCUGAAAAACGUUUGGCAGAAAAAGAUGAAGAAAUUGAGGCCAUACGCAAGCAAACCAGCAUUGAAAUUGAACAGCUAAAUGCACGCGUAGUGGAAGCAGAAACUAAGUUGAAAACAGAGGUAACCAGAAUCAAAAAGAAGAUGCAAAUCCAGAUUACCGAAUUGGAAAUGUCUUUGGAUGUUGCUAACAAGAAUAAUAUUGAAUUACAAAAAACAAUUAAAAAGCAAUCCUUACACUUAACGGAAUUGCAAGCUCAUUACGAUGAAGGUCAAAGACAAUUAGCUGUCACCUUAGAUCAGUUAGCUAUUGCUCAGCGUAAAUUACAAUCUAUGACAGGAGAAUUGGAAGAACUUCGUGGAAACUAUGACGCUGCAUUGCGUAACAAACGCGCUGUUGAACAAAUGUUUGAAGAAUCACAGAGCCGCGUAAAUGAAUUGACCACUAUCAAUGUUAACUUGUCAGCAUCCAGAGCAAAGAUUGAACAAGAAUUGCACCAAUUGGCCAACGACUUUGAAGAAGCUUCCAAAGAACUUAGAAUUGCCGAUGAACGUUACCAACGUGUACAAAUCGAAUUGAAACACACCGUUGAAGUUUUGCAUGAAGAACAAGAAAGAGUUAUCAAGAUCGAAACAAUUAAGAAAUCACUUGAGAUCGAAGUUAAAAAUCUUUCUGUUCGUCUAGAAGAAGUAGAAGCCAACGCUAUCGUUGGUGGAAAACGCAUUAUCAGCAAGCUAGAAGCUAGGAUCCGCGAUUUGGAAUUGGAAGUUGACGAAGAAAAACGUCGUCACGCAGAAAGCGUUAAAAUCUUACGCAAAAAGGAACGCUCAUUGAAAGAACUCGUCAUCCAAAGCGAAGAAGACCAUAAGAACGUACAAUUAUUACAAGAACAAGUAGAUAAACUUAACCAAAAAGUGAAUAUUUAUAAGAGACAAUUACAAGAACAAGAAGGUAUGAGUACCCAGAGUGUAACAAGAGUAAGGAGAUUCCAAAGAGAAUUGGAAGCAGCAGAAGAUAGAGCUGACACAGCUGAAAGUAAUUUGUCUUUGAUUAGAGCCAAACACAGGAGCUUUGUGACCACUACCUCCCACCCAGGUUCACAAGUUUACGUCGUUCAAGAAUCUAGAUCUACGACUUCAGAAAAUUAUUAAUUCUUUGAAUAACAAAAUUUACUGUUUUUAUUAAUGUAACCGUUUUUUUAAUAAUUUACAGAAAUAGGCUCUAUUUAUUCCACAUUGAAAAUUUUAAUAGCUUUUGCUACCCCUUAAAAAAUGUAUACAUAUUACUAAAAAUAUGACAAGUUGACAAUAAUAAUUUUGUACUUCAUUUAAAUAUAAAACAAAACCUUAAACUGAAUUGAUGAUUUGUUAAAUUAAAAUAUUACUUUUGAUUAUUCGAAAUCAAAUUGGAGAGAUUAAAUCAUUAUGGCCUACUUCUGGUUAUACAUAAAACUAAAGUUAUAGAAUGUAAUUAUAUGUAAUGUUUAUUUCUGAUGCCUAUAUUAUCAAUAAAAUAAUUUUGAAAAUCA